AUGACUCGACGAGCGGGCACGGCGAAGGGAAUUACAUUCCACGCAUCUCGUCGUAAAGUGGCCAUCGUGUCGAAGAAGAUGGAGAUGGAUGAUAAGGGCCGACAUUUUCUCGCUAAUACCCAAGUUCGAUACACCCCUGAGUCCCCUGCCAAAAAGAGGAAGGUUUCGUGUGACAGCGAAGAGGGCGUAGCAGACGCAGGGCCAUCAGAGGUACAAACCGCUGAGCCUGACAUUGUGAUGCAUGAAGGAUCUCCAAAACAGCCUGCAGCUACGACGGGACAGGUCAAGAAUUGGGUUUCCAGGGUACUAGCGGAGUGGACGCCACGCCUCCAUGACCUUCUCACUGACCUUCUGUCCGCGGAAGCUCAUUUGAACAUUCCCGGCACUGUGUUCUGUGGGGCAUGUAUCUCGAAGGCCCAUCGUCACGAUCCUUUCCAUUGGAUCGAUCUAUGGAAUGGCGAGUUCUUCGAGAAAGUCAACAUGGGGAUGUUUGGAUAUAUUCUUUACCUUGGGCAUCAUGGGCAGCCCUGUCCAGACUUGGUCGACCGUCUGAAACCAUCGAAAUUUGUAGUCAUGCAUAACGGGAUUCACAAGCUUGCGGUGCAUUGGUGCCAUUGCGCUGGAGCGCCAGAGCGCAUCUUGCAAAUGUUGCAUGCCAGAUUAUUCCCCACCACUUUAGAUCACCCGGAAAGCGCAUUCACCGUGGUGCUGCUGAAGGAGUGGCACAUGCAUGCCCUAACGUCGAAGAAGGGGGUGUACGACUACAUGUACGCCAUCAGACACCUCACCAACAAUUCCGCGCCGCACACUGUCAAGAAUCAAUACAAAGAAUUUAACAUUGUUAGUCAAAUUUGGCGUUAUAUCACCAUGAUGAAGCGUAGUGGCAACUUCCAUGGGAUGGCCCUUCCGAAUCGCGACCCUCAAUCUCUCACCGUGCCAUGCUUUACAUGUCCAUGGCCAGGCAUGAAUAUGCCUCAAGAUUGGAGGCAGACCCCAGCAGUAUAUAUUCAUACCUGUGAGCUCAGUGGCGAUGGCAAUCACGGCUUACAGAAGAAACGAAAACACGAUGACCUGAACGACGUUAGUUUGGGUUUGGGACAAGGGUAUUUCGUGCAUCCAGACAAGAUGAGUGAGUACAUGGACUCUAUUGAGGCCGAACCGGCUCCCGAGACUUGUAGUGGUUUCAAAGUUGCGCGAGCGCAACGCCCAGGCAAAUUCUGCAACCUCGACGUGAGCGGCGUCAUUGCUGUCAUAUGCAUACGCCAUGGGUGUUUCCGACCGGCGGCCAUGGUGGAUUUACAAAAGGGAGAACGGUUUGGCCACAUGGACUUUGCCCUUGCAGGGGCUCUGGCAGGCCUCGAGGAACUGCAACAUAUUAUAUUCACCUACGACGUCGCCUGCAUCUACAAGAUCAACAUCCUCAAAUGCUUUGGUGCGCAUUUUCCUCAACUCGUGCCCCUACUUGACCGGAUACAGAUGCUGCUACCGAAAAUGCACAUGCUUGCCCACAAAGAAGCGUGUCAGGUGCUGUAUGUGCUCUGCUACACGUGGGGCACUGGACUUAUGCACGGAGAGAGUGUCGAGCAUCCAUGGGCUGAGCACAACCAGGCUGGCCUCAGUACGUGUGAGAUGGGAGCGGGACAUCGUCAUGAUGCUCUGAACGACAUCCACAAUUAUUGGAAUUGGCGAAAGGUGGAGAACGUCGGAGCAUUUCUCACACGCAAAGUCAACGAAGCGUUCAAAGGCCAAGAAGAGAAGACUCAACUGUACGAUGCAUUGACCGAAGUCGCCGGUGUGGAGAAAGUGUCGACGUGGCAGUGGAUGGAUGUCGACCCGAAGCAGAAGGGGAAGCAGGUGGAGAGUGUGUACUUACUAAACGAUGGUAAAGUGCCUACCACUGGGCAUGCUUAUCAAGAGCUCACGAAGAUGGAGAUCCAGCCGCGAGAUGGACAGAUGGAUCUUGCAGUGGGCAAGGCACCAUCAGGUGCCAUGCAGUUCCUGAAGACCGCUCUGCAGCUUGAGCAGAGGCAGUUGGCACUGGAAUCUCACCUAGCGAAGCACAAGGAUGGCGACAACAUUUCCAUUAGUGAAUCGGCGAGUCUGGAAGCAGAACGGCGGGGCUUGCGACGUGAUAUAGAUAAGUGGCGUCACCAGCAAGUGACGUUCAUGCCGAAGGUUGAGUUGCCAGAUGCAGAGGAUGUGGAGGACGACGAAGAUGACGAAAUGCACGGAAGACCGGAAUCUGAGGCGCUGGCACUCCCCUCCAACUUCAGCGGCAGCGAGCACCAGACGUUUGGAUUAGAAAUUCUCGCCACCUUCGAGAGACGCAUCCGGAUGGGGCAGGCAUACAACCUACUCAGUGCCAUCAAGGAAUCACUACAGCAUCAAGGCGCAUUUCUCAGCAACAAGACUAAGCAUGCGCGGGGACAGAAGGACAACACUCGAGCCCAGAGGAUGAUCCAGAGCGCGGCCGAGCACACACGAAGUCUCAUGCGGCGAUACAACCACAAUCGACAAAGGUUGAUUGACCUCGGGAUGGAUGAUGGUGACUCACCCUUACGCACGAUCAACCUCAAGAAGGACCUAACUAUCAAAAAUGUACGUGUUGCGCGCUCGCUCGGGGAUAGCAAGGAAGUGCGUGCGUGGUUCUGGAAUGUAGCUCCCCCUGGAGCGACAGCUCAAGAUGUUGCAGCUUGGGCUGUCGAAGUGGAACAAGUUGAAUGGUUCCAAGCUAGCGCCGAGAAAGCGCGUCACAACGAAGAGGUCAACAAACUGCACAAAGAGUUUCAAUGA